UUAAUCUCUUGUAGAUUCGGGCCUUGGGGUCUUCUCCUCUGCCAUCGCUCGUCUUGCAUUGCUCUGAGCCUGACUGUUUCAGCCAUGUCACAUACUGCAGUUCAAGGAAGUAUGGGAAGUCGCUUUGCCACAGGAAAGAGCUCCCACAGAAUAUAUCUGUUUGAGUAUGAGAAUUUCCAAGGGCACAUGAUGGAGCUGAGUGGAGAGUGUCGUAACGUCUGUGACAAGGGGCUGAAGCGCGUGGGCUCCAUCAGAGUGGAGUGUGGGCCGUGGGUAGGUUUCGAGCAACAGAACAUGGCCGGUGAGAUGUUCAUGUUGGAGAGGGGUGAUUACCCACUCUGGGCCACUUGGUCCAACAGCUACCGUUGUGAUCGCCUCAUGUCUGUCCGGCCAGUUCGAAUGAAUCCACAGGACCAUAAUAUCUGUCUGUAUGAGUGCAUGAACUUUGACGGUCGUAAGAUGGAAGUUUCUGAUGAGGACAUCCCAAGUUUGUGGUGCCAUGGCUUCCAGGACAGAGUUGGCAGCAUUCAAGUAAAUGGUGGAACGUGGGUUGGAUAUCAGUACCCAGGCUACCGUGGAUAUCAGUACCUGUUUGAAUUUGGAUCCUACAAACACUGGAACGAAUGGGGUGCCAAUCACCCUCAGAUCCAGUCUGUUCGCAGAGUGAGAGACAUGCAGACGCAUCACAGAGGCUGCUUCGAGCUGGCAUAAGGAAAGAAAUACCAUGGACAGAUGGACAUAACAAGAACCUGCAGAGUGUAAAAAAAAAUCCAUCAUAGUCAAAAAUGCUGCACGGAAUAGAUAUUACCAAUAAGGGAUGAACUAUCAAGUGACUUUAUGUGUUGCUUUGCUUUAAUCUCCUAUUUAAGCCAUUAGUUUAUAUAAGAAUACCAUAUGAACAUGAAUAACGAACUGAAGCUGAUCUGAACCAGAAGGGAUGCAGUUCAUUAUAUACUCAGCUGCUUCUUGAUGAAGCUCACUUGUAUUAUGUGAUGAUCAGGGCGAAUCGGCUAGGAAGUAGAUGAAAUUAUUUAUGAAAUUGAGGAGAUCCUGCUACAUUUUACUCUUCAUCUUUCUCAGGGAUGGAUCAGGCUGGCAUCUAAAAGACAUUUCCAAGAAAAUAAAUCAACAAAAAUAAAGGACUUCAAAGCCCAGUUUUACAAUGUCCUUAAUUCACUGAUCAAAAGCUCAGCUUGAGAGCUUAGAAUUCCGGACAUGUUGUUAUUAAAAUAAAUCUUUAAUAUUUUAUGUGUUGUUAUUUAAAGUGCAUAAUAAAUGAGACGAGAACAACCA